AUAGAAAAUUCGAUAACGAUAUAAGGAAAUUAGUUUCCAUAUGUACAUAUGAACAUCUAUUCGUAGAAUUAUCAAAAUUAAAGUUUGUUUGGAAUUAUUCAGUAAAAUGGCUUCUGCAGGAAAAAAGGGGAAAAAAAAUAAAGGAACGGUUAUAUCCUUGCAAUCGUUUCUAUCCAGUGCUGACACACCAGCCGGAACCACCCAAGUUUCAAAGAAAAUACGAAAUUUAGACGGCGAAGACAGCGAUGAAGGAAGUUGUACACUACCACUAGUUUAUCAGCUUCCAACAGCUCCAAGAGCAAAUAGAAUAUUUGAUGAUAAUUCUAUUCCUCAUAAAGCCCCGUUUAUUGCUUAUAUCAACAACUUACCAUUUGAUGCAAAUGAAGAUGACCUUUAUGAGUUUUUUGGUGGUAUUAAUUUAGUAUCUCUUAGACUUCCGCGUGAAGACGGCGAAAACGGUCGUUCACGAGGUUUCGGAUAUGUUGAAUUAGAGAACCGAGAUGAUUUAAUACAUGUUCUUAGUUUACCGGAUCCAUCUAUUAAAGGUCGACGCAUUCGUAUUGAGUUAUCCAAUGAAAACGACCAGCAAACCCGGCAAAAAACUAAUAGGCGGUUUGAUGGUUUUGGAAAUAGUGGAGAUAAUAGAGAAUCUGGAAAUUGGAGACGAGAUAAUCAAAAUAAUGGAAGUAGUUUUGGAUAUUCUUCCAAUUUCGACAAAAGCUAUAAUAGGGAGAGAAAGGCUUUACCAGAAAGAGAAGAAGCAAACACUCCUGGAUCUUGGCGCACAAGCGCUAGACCGCGAUCUAUUGAUUCCUCGCCCACUAGAAGGGAGGUCGAAGUGGUAUCUGAUAAAUAUCGCGACGGUCGCAGAACUGUAGAACGAUAUUCCCGUGAAGAGGCUUUCAAAUUUGAAGAAAGGCCAAAAUUAAAUUUAAAACCACGAACUUUACCAUUGCCAGAUAUUAAACAAAUUGGUUUUGAAAAGAACGAUUUCGACAAAGCAAAUUUGAUACAACAAACUGCAACUCCAUUAAUUAAUGUCUUUGGAUCAGCAAAACCGGUGGAUACUGCAGCAAGAGAAUUGGAAAUUGAAGAACGUUUAGCUCUUGCACGAAAACAGGGUGGAAAUCGACAGGAAGAGGAGUCUUUAACUGACAAGCUGGCUGAAGUGCAAAUCGAUAAAAAUGAUAACGAAAGUGUAAAUGCAACAGUUAGCUGGCGCCGCCAUCAAGACAACAAGGUGUGUCAAGACAACAAAUCCCGUGACGUAAAUUAUAAAAUAAAUCAUCAUCCUGACCAAUAUGACAGGCUGGAACUCUUAAAAGAAAACGAUAAUACAAACGGCGUAAGCAAAACUAAAGAAGAUUUUAAACUCAAACGAGGUUAUCGUAAUGACCGUUCACUGCCGAAGAAUAUUACCCAUAAUGAGCAAGUUUUGCAAUCGUCUAAUAAAUAUUCUGGACUUGACGAUGAUGGAUCUGAAUAAAAUAUUUGUAUGUUUCUUAUAAAAAAAAAUAAAAGCAUAUAUAGCAUAAUUUACAGCAAUUUAUAAACAUUGUUCUUGUGAUUUAAAACAAACAAAAAAAAAACAGGAAUAAAUUCUGCAUAUUAAGCUUA